AUGUCUUUCCUCCAAUCGUUCUCUGUGGUCGAUGCUGCCGCCUGCGCGCUUUUUGUGCUCGUCUUGACUUUGGUCCAUGUUACUCGCUCCUCCUCUAAAUUCCCAUUGCCGCCAGGACCCAAGCGGCUGCCUCUCAUAGGCAAUCUUCUUCAGUUCCCCAAUCACGACCACGGCGAACGCCUUGCGCCGCUGAGAAAAGAACAUGGUAGGGCUCUCUCUGUUCCCAUAUGUUGCUGUAAAUAUCUCAACUCGGCUAUCUGGUUCUCAGGGGACAUUUUAUCUCUCCGUAUUAUGGGACAGAACAUUAUCAUACUAAGCUCUCUCCACGUCGCAAAAGAACUUCUUCAGAAAAGAGCAAGGAACUGGUCCGAUCGUCCGGUGAUACCCCUUCUGCACCUAAUGCAGCUCUCGACGUGGAACACCAUCUUCGUUUCAGACACGGACGCUCAUCGAGCUCAACGACGUAUCGCAGAUCAACACUUUCGACCGAGUGCCCUUAGCCCCUAUCGCUCGAUGAUGCGCUGGAGAGUCAACGAGCUCCUCAGAUCCUUUCUGACGAGCAUAAUAAUGUCGACCGCGUACGGAUACAAAGUAGAGAACGAAGACGAUGGAUAUAUUACGAAGCUUGAAGCCUUCAACAAAACACUUGGAGACAGCAUGUCUCCGACUUCGAGCAUCAUCAACGUCUUUCCGAUCCUGGGACGUUUGCCCGGUUGGGUACCUGGGUUUGGUAAAUUGCGCGACGUUGAGCAAGUCAAGCGUGAAGGUGAGGAAAUACGAAACGAACCUUUUGACUUUGUCAAAAAGAGUGUUUUAGACGGUUCUGCGGAGCCUUCGUUGAGUCGGAGUUACUUCACGGCGGAGUAUAACCUCGAAUCCCCCUCUGACAAGGAUGAAGAUCACACCAAGAACAUCGCAGCUUCGCUUUAUGGGGCUGGUUCAGACACGACUAGCGUAGUUAUGACGAACUUCAUGCUGGUACUUCUUCUGUACCCGAAAGUACAACAACGCGCACAAAAAGAGCUCGACUCCGUAAUCGGUCGUGAACGGCUACCCAACAACGAAGACCGAGGUAGGCUCCCGUACAUAGAAGCUAUGUGCAAGGAGAUCCUCAGAUGGAGGUUGGUCACACAAUUGGGUGUUGCACAUUCUACCAGAGAGGAUGACAUCUUCGAGGGCUACUUCAUCCCUAAAGGUAUACGUUCGUUCUAUUUGGGUGAGAACUCGUGGGCAAUGCUGCACGAUCCCGUCAAAUAUCCCGACCCAGAGUCUUUCCAACCCGAGCGUUUCCUUACACCUACGGGAGAGUUCAAAGAUGAUCCCGACAUCGCAGCUGCCUUCGGGUUCGGCCGCAGGCGAGUUUCUUGCCAUGAUUUCGUCACCCGUGUCGUACUGAACCAUAAACAUUCAAGGGUCUGUCCGGGACGCCAUCUUGUAGAUGAGAUCGCCUACAUGUUCUUCUCCACGUUCCUGUCGGUGUUCACUGUCGAGAAGCAAAAGGACGAGAAGGGCAAUGAGAUACCGGUCAAUGACAAGCACAAUGUGGAAUUCUCUCUCAGCCAUCCUCCACUAUUCCAAUGCUCAAUAUUUCCGCGGGACGAUGCUGCUCUGCGCUUGAUCCAGUCAACGGAGGAUGAGCAGACAAACUAG